UGCUUGCGCUCUUAUGUACCUAUUCCACAAGAAAUUGAUAAAGGAAAAAUUAAGGAAAUUAUCAAACAUAGUAAUUGCCCCGGAAAAUAUUAUUAUAAUAUCAGAUGCAUGCAUGUAUUUAUCUGAUGAUAAAUUGAGACCUAACGAUGAUUAGUUACAGAAAGAGAAGUCUAUCCAGCAGCAGUGAUGAAGAUUUACAUUCUAUAUUAGUUGCCAAAGGUAGAAAAGAAGAUCUAUAUGCAUGUGAAGUGAUUACCUGUGAAUUCUGUGAUGAAGCAUUCCUUAAUAAGUAUAGCCAUUUAGUCCAUAAUGCUAAUCACAUAAUAAUACCAUUAUUAAGAAAGACAUACUUUAAAUGUCAAGAAUGUCAGCUACAGUGCAGAACAAAAAGAAAACUUGAGAAGCACAUUAAAAAAUUACAUCCAUACAUCACAAAAUUUCAUCACAAUAAUAACACAAAGUACAGUGGAGCUUCGGCAGAAUUACAAAUUGUAAGCAAUAAUAAUGAUAAUUUGAGUAGUAGCUAUGAUAAUAAAAAUAAUAUUAGUGAAUUAUCUGGUCCAGAAAGUAGUAUUCUACCAGAUUUACUCAAUAGCAAUUCAAAUCUUGAUGUUGAAAUUAUUGAAAUUGAUUCUGAUGAUAAUUAUGACGAGUUUGAGGCUAAAGCAGAAUAUAAUGAUGAUAAUAAUACAGAUAAAAUUCGUAACAGACUAAUUUUUGAGGAUGAGGAGGAAGAUAUUAUCAAUCCAAAUGGUUUGAUCCAUGACCUAAUGGCCGAUAUUAAAGUAGCUGUUCCCUUGGAGCCGUGGAUGAGUUCUAUUGCUGAUGGAAAGAAAAAUGAAAUAUUGGCACCAGGAUAUACAGAAUCAGAGUUAGAGGAGGAGUGGAGGAGUAAGACUGUUAGUUACCAAAAAUUGAUAGAAUUAGAGAAUAUAUCUUGUAAAUAUUGUCAGGAAACAUUUCCAAAUAGGUUAUCAGUUAUCAAACAUGAAUCCUCCCACAUAGCCACUAAGAAGCGCCACCCUUUCCUGUGUGUAUACUGUGACUGGUAUGUGUCUAGUGAUCCCCAAAACUUACGCAAACAUCAAAUAAGAAGCCAUCCAAGUGAAAGAGAAACACAAUAUAUGCUUAAUGUACAACGAAAGACGUGCAGUUUAUGCAAGUUAAAAUACAUAUCGAAACAGAAGCACUAUAGGAAUUACCAUGGAGAACUGGAGCACAGUGAUAAUGAUUAUCACAAUAUUUCAAAACCAGUUUUCCUUAAGAAAAUAAUCAAAAUUUGUGAUUUGUGUUGUUCAUUCUUGAAGAAUGUACCAAAUAAGUUGUAUUACAAAACUGUUGGUGAAGAGUCAGUCUCGGGCAAACGUCAAACGUGUGGCCAUUGUAUGAAGCAAUAUUUUAGUAUCAACCUGGUAGAGGUCACAACCAGGCUGCACAAUGUCAUGCGCCCAAGAAAGUCCAAGCCGGUAAGCAACAUGGAUAGGCUGAAAAAUUUCAAAAACAGGUUGAAACUGUUGAAUGCAAUAAAAAAAUAUUAAACUGUAUAAA